UUAGCUCACAAAAAAGGCUACAGUUGUUUCAAAACCCGAAACCAAAACAAUUAUGGCGGUUUUUGGAUACGAAAUGGAUGAACAUAGAGCUUCUUCAUCGAGAAGACGAAGAUCUUUGUACCAUAAUCUAGGAGGAGGACGCUUUGCUGACAUAAUAUUCUGGAAGAACAAGAAAGAAUCAGGAACAAUCUUGGCGGUAUUCACAUUGAUAUGGUUCUUGUUCGAAGUGGUUGAAUAUCCUUUCAUUACUUUCAUCUGCCAGAUCCUCUUGCUAUCCAUUUUCAUCUUCCUCAUUUGGUCUUACAUUGGCUCCUCACAACUAAUCCAAAGUAAACCUCCGAGUAUUAAUGAUCUAAGGAUUUCGGAAUCGACUUGGAGAUUCUUGUUCAACAAGAUCAAUUGGUUCAUUAUCAAAUUGUAUGAUAUCUCAAGUGGCAAAGACUUCAAACUCCUUUUUCUGGCCGUUGUUUCCCUAUGGAUAUUAUCAGUGGUUGGAAACUAUUUCAGCUCUCUAACUCUAUUAUACAUUGUGUUUGUGGGUUUGGAGACAAUACCGAUGUUGUAUGAGCAAUACGAAGAAGAGCUGUCUUAUGCAGCAAAGCGAUGCACAAAAACUCUUUCGAUGGUAAGAGGAGAACUUGCGGUGGUAGCUGCGGGUAAUGGCGAAGUCUUACUCUACAUUUGGGCAGCACUUGUGACUCUCUCCGUCAUAGCAACCGUGAUUUUCUCAUGUAGCGACGGAGCUUCUAAACCUCACACUAACGACGAUGUCAAUGGCUCCGCUUGCGCCGCUGGCUGCGGUGGUGGUUGUGGAGGUUAAACGGGAGGCAGUUUUUGUUCAUCACUUUAGUAACAUUUGAAGAUAAACCAUAUUGGCUUCUUGCUUUAAUAAAAAGUUAAAGUGUGUAGACAAUGUGUAACCAAUGAAUGUAUUAUGCUUCUUGAAUUUAACAUUUUAGUGAUCUAAUUCGUUUUUGAUAAUUCAAGAUAAAAUGAAUAUUGUGUUUUUUC